AUGGACAAUAUGCGCGACAUCCUCGCCGGUGCAAUGUCGCUAGUAUCGUGGAAGACACUCGCUUUGCUUCUGGCAUUCGUCAAUCUCAAGAACCUUCCGUUUAUCUGGCAUUUCCGCGUGCUGUACUACUUCUUGGGUAACCUACGUCUCAAACCAAGUGCACCUUUUUUCCCCAAGGGAAAAGCAAUCGUGGAUGCCCAGGGAAACCCCACUCAUCCGGUCUUCGUGUCAUGCAUGAUCACAUCUCGCACGCCGUUGCUCGAGACUGAUUACAAUUUGCACAAAUCAAACAGCACAUAUUUCUCUGACCUGGACAUCUCACGUACGUCACUUGUCACUCGCCUUUACAGCCCUGGUGUGGGCAUGGUGAGCAAGGAGCUAGAUCAGGAGUUCCUCGCUGCAAGCAAAAAAGAGGGCAAACCUGCUCCUCGCCGCAAAGCUGUGUCCAUUGUGCUUGGGUCGGUGUACUGCACAUUCAAACGCGAGAUCAAGCCAUUCGAACUGUAUGAAAUGCACUCCAAGAUCAUCUCCUGGGAUAAGAAAUGGUUGUACGUUUUGACCUGCUUCAUGCGACCCGCCCGCCGCGGAGGUGAAAAGACAGUGCUUGCGGUUGCCGUGAGCAAGUAUGUGACCAAGAAGGGCCGAUUGACCGUUUCGCCGGAGCGACUUCUGCGUGCUAGUGGGUUCCUUCCCACGCCACCCAAAACCGAGGCAAAUGCCGAACUGGUCGACUCUGCUGAAGCGUCUGGUGUCGACACACCCGGUGGCGGCGACGGUAUCACGGCCACGGGCGUUGAUGAGUCGUUGGUUCGGGAAGUCUUGAAAAUGAAUGCCGAUCAGAUUCCCGGCCAAGACAUCCUCGAAAAACAGCAAAAGGACAACAACGCCUCGUGGAGUUCGGAGGAAUGGACCUGGGAGCGCAUUGAACAGGAAAGGUUGCGGGGACUGAAAGUUGUGGAUGGCUACAUUGAUCUCGAUACUAAGUUGUACGAGGAAUGGGUGCAAUAG